UUGCAGCUAAAGGAAAGCACUUAAAAAAACAUUUUUUAGGAUCAAUCAGUGAGAUUUAUAUCAUUUCAGUCAUGGACAGCUCACCAGAAAUAUUGGAUUUUGAUUCUUCAGAUGAAAAUGGUCCCGAGAACAGUGGAAUAUUUCUGCAGCAGUGGGAAGCACAGGUUCGGCCCUACAUUGAGAUGAUUGACUUCAUGAGGCAGAUUGGCAUUGAGAGGGAACUUGCACUGCCGUCCAUUGCAGUGGUGGGAGACCAGAGCUCAGGGAAAAGCUCUGUUCUAGAGGCGCUGUCAGGAGUCGCUCUGCCUCGUGGGAGUGGUAUUGUAACUCGCUGUCCACUGGAGCUUAAACUCAGGAAACUGAAAAGUGGGUGCGUCUGGACCGGCAUAAUCUCUUACAAUGAUGUGCGAGAGACCUUUAAUGAUCCCGCACAAGUUGAAAGAUACGUCAGAAGUGCACAAAAUCAGCUUGCUGGAGAUGGGGUAGGAAUCUGCGAUGAUCUCAUCAGUUUAGAGAUCUCAUCACCUGAUGUUUGCGACCUCACACUGAUCGAUCUACCUGGUAUAACAAGAGUACCUGUAAAAGGGCAACCGGAAGACAUUGGAGACCAGAUUCGACGCCUGAUAUUGAAAUUCAUUGGAAAAAAAGAAACCAUUAAUUUAGUUGUUGUUCCCUGCAAUGUUGACAUCGCAACCACAGAAGCACUUAGAAUGGCUCAGGGUGUUGAUCCUGAUGGCUCAAGGACUUUAGCAAUAUUGACAAAGCCAGACCUGAUAGAUAAAGGAGCAGAGGCUGACAUCUUACAAGUACUGCAGGGUAAAGUGGUUCCUCUCAAAAAGGGCUUCACCAUUGUCCGAUGUAGAGGCCAGAGUGACAUCAAUGAAAACGUUUCUCUGGGUGAAGCCACAAGACAGGAAAAUGAGUUCUUCGCCAAUCACACGGACUUCAGUUAUCUUCUUAAAGAGCAAAGAGCCACAAUAUCCUGCCUGGCCACCAGACUCACUAAAGAGCUGGUCGCACAUAUCAAGGCUUCACUUCCAUCUCUAAGUGAUCAAAUUCACAUCAACUUGUCUGCAGUGAGAGUUGAGCUCAAGUGUUAUGAUGAAGGUCCUCCUUUAGAGCUUGAGCGCAUGGGGCCUUAUCUCAGCAAGAAAAUCCUGGAGUUCGGUGAUCAGAUAAGCGAGUUGUGUAGAACAGGAGAAUCAGACAAUGGAAACAUCUACUCGGUCCUUCGACCAGUGUUCAAGCAAUGGGAAUGUCAGCUGAGUAACUCCAAAGCAUCGUUCAGAGAGUCUGUAAAAGAGAUGACUGAAAAAUAUGACGAGGCCCAUCGUGGGAGAGAAAUAGUGACCUUCAGUGACUACUGUGUGUAUGAAUCAAUGGUAAAGAAACAUGUUGGAGAUCUUCAACAACCAGCAUUGGAUACUUUGAAGCUCAUCCGAGGUAUUGUGCAAAAGGAGUUUAGAGUCGUGUGUGAGCUGUGUUUCCCAAACUUCCCUCAUCUGAGACACGUAAUACUGAACCAUAUUGAUGAAAUUCACUCAAAACAAGAAAGCAAGGUGGAUAAGAGGAUCCAUGAGUACAUUAACAUGGAGAAGCUUGUGUACACGCAGGAUCCCAUUUUUACCCAGAAAAUUGUAGACUUCAAGUUUGUGGAAAUGAGACAGCAGCAUGAGUCCAUUAGUUUGGAUACGGGAGAGAACGCAACCUCACCCAACAACUGUGCUGUGUUCGACACCAGGAGCCUGACACCUGAUAAACUGAUCAUCUACUACGAGAUUGUGUAUCAGCGUCUGGCCGACUACAUUCCUAUGGUGAUCCUGCUGUUCAUACUGAAGGAAGCUGCCGUGAUGCUGCGGGCUCACGCGAUGGACCUGCGGGAUGGAGCGGAUGUUGUGAAGCUGCUCUUGGAGGACUCAGAGUCUGGUCUGAAGAGAGCAGACUUACACCAACGCAUGGAGCGGUUGCGUCUGGCACAUGAACGCAUCAGUAUAUACCUCUGAGACAGACGUUUUCUCUGGUAAAGAGCUGUCCUGACAUAAUGGACCAGCCACUAAACAUGAAACAGGCUAUUUUAUGGUCAGCAGCGAAGGAAAGAUGAUGAUCAACAUUAUAAUAUUCUUACAAAGUGUCCAGUGUUUGUGGGGUUUAAUGCACAUUUAGAUUUUUUUUAAAUGUAUUUGAUCAGAUUGAAACUGUUUAAGAUCCAUUUAAAAAAAGAUAUUUAUCUGAAAUAAUAAACCCUCAAAAUAAA